AAAUACAGUUAAGUGUCAAAUUAUGUAUCCAACUAUAUUGAGGCAGGAAGGAGCAUAAUUUUCAUGGAAGUUAUCCUACGAUUCAGCCCAGGCCCAAUCAUUUUUUCCUUGAAAAAAGUGUUACGAACUUUUGUUUCUUCUGAUGCCGUGUGCAAUUGCUGAAGAAGACAGUUAGAUGCUGUUGCUGUUUUUGGUUCAUUUGAGCUGCAAAAGCAAACGCACCACCAUAGCUAUUAUUUUUUUUUUGUUUAGAAAAAGCCAAAUAAUUAAAGUGCCCGAAACGAGAGAAUUGUUUGGUUUUCAUUCUAGCAGACACGUGUACACGCCACGCAAACACGCACUACACCCACGGCUUCUCUUAGCCACGUUACCUCUUCUACUCUUACCGUGCGCACCCUUCCACUGUGCUUCGCCGGCACAGAUUCCACCUUAUCGAUCUGAUCGGAGAACCCUAGGUUUUUUAGGUGCCGUCGAUUUCACUCCUUAUCUCAAUCCGAAUCGUAAAUUCCGAUUACGCUGAGCUUUAAUAUAACGUUAUGAUCUUCGAAUCGUAGAAAGAUAUAACGAAUUCCAGUCUGUAACGAAGAAGAAGAAGAUGCAGAGACGAAGUCCUCCCAAACAUAGACACGAUGGGACUUCGCCGCUGCCUCUUGGCAUGGAUUGGAGUCCUGCACCUCGAAAAUGGAAUGGGCGGGACACCGAAUGGCCUCACAAUCAUCGUACCGGUUGGAGUUAUUGCGUCAUAAUACCUUCUUGGGUCUUCGUUCCAAAAUCAAGAAAUUCAGAUCCUAUAGUGUUCUACAGGCUUCAAGUUGGUAUACAAUCACCAGAAGGGAUUACUAAUAUCCAUGGAGUACUAAGAAGGUUCAAUGAUUUUCUAAAGUUGUUUGCUGAUAUUAAAAAGGAGCAUCCUGGGAAAAAUAUCCCUCCAGCACCUCCCAAGGGACUCUUGCGAUUGAAAAGCCGAGCUUUGUUGGAAGAGAGAAGGCGCUCUUUGGAGGAGUGGAUCACCAAACUAUUGUCUGAUAUUGAUAUAUCAAGAUGUGCUUCCGUGGCCUCAUUUCUUGAGUUAGAAACUGCUGCUAGAUCUUCAUUUCAAGAAGCAAGCCAGCAGAAUUCAUUAACAGAUCCUGGUUCCAAUGGCAGAGUUUAUUCGGUGCAAUCACCUCUCCCUUCAAGCUUAUCAUUAGCUGCUGGCAGUUCUUCUGUUGCGUCAGAUUAUGGUAGUGAUACUCUAUAUGAGCCAUCUGAAGUAGGAACUCCAAGAAUUGGACGGGAUGAUAAUUCUGAAGUCGGGACAGAUGAUCUGACUUUAGAUGAAGAUAUGACAAAUCCAAUAGAAAAGCUUGUAAAAUAUGGUAUAUCGAAUAUUGAUGAGGGUUUGUUUAUGGGUCAGACUAUUCUAGAACAAUUAGAAGGACUUCCUAGGCAUAAAGUAAAUGCCAGACAUGUGAACAAUGUUACGGGGAAGGACACAAAUAAUGGUAAUUCAUAUGAUUCUUCACUUUUAGCUAAUAAUACCAUGGAGCUUUUCUCUGAGGCUGGACAUGCUAAUGUUUUUGGUCACGUUCGUAAAUUUUCAAAUGAGAGUGUUGGAAGUGAUGGAAGCUCAAUACGAGGUAGUGACAUGUCUAAUUUUGGGAUUCCAAAUUCAUCUGGUGAUGGCUCUGUCGACCUUCCUGGUUGUGCUUCGGUUUCAAGAGAAACAGAUGUUGUGGGUCAUACAAAGAUGAAGUGUAAUGGCGAUGCUCAAUUAGUCCUUCCGCUAGAUCAACGAAAUAAACUGAACAGGGUUCUGUCAACCAUGCAGAGAAGGCUAGUCACAGCGAAAACUGAUAUGGAGGACCUUGUAGUUAGAUUAAAUCAAGAAAUAGCUGCAAAGGAUUUUCUAACGACAAAGGUCAAGGAUUUGGAAGUUGAACUUGAAACUACCAAACAGAAAAAUAAGGAGAACUUGCAGCAGGCUAUUCUUAUUGAGAGGGAAAGAUUUACCCAAAUGCAGUGGGAUAUGGAGGAACUCAGACGAAAGUCACUGGAAAUGGAGAUGAAACUGAAGUCUGAAUCGGAUGGGAAUGCUGGUCAGAAUUUAACAAAGGAAUCAAUUGUUCAGCAGAACGAUGAGCUGUUGCAGAAUUUAGACACUGCUAGAGAGCAGCUGGAAAUUUUGUCAAAACAGUAUGGAGAGCUAGAAGCGAAAUCCAAAGCAGACAUAAAAGUUUUAGUUAAAGAGGUGAAAUCUCUCCGUAGUUCCCAAACAGAAUUGAAGAAGGAACUUAGUGAGUCUGUAAAGGAGAAAUGUGAAGCUGAGAAACUACUACUUCACGAAGGAGAGAAGAGGGAACGGGCAGAAACUACUUCGAGAAAACUUCUUGAGAAAUGUGGGCUUCUUUUUAAGCAGCUUCAAGAGUGCAAUGUUAAUCUUCCAUACAAUGACGAGGAUACGACAUUCUUGCGGUCAUCGUCAGCUGACGCUUUUGAUCAAUUAAAGACAUCUGAUGACCAAAUUGACAUCCUACUAGCAGAGGUAGAAAACUUAGAGAAGGAUUACGGAAGUGCUGCUUCUGAUGUAGAUAAAACCAGUGACAUAAAAGAUGGUGUAAUCUGUGGUGAUGAAAUGAGAAAGAUUAUAGCAGAUUUGUUCAUGGAUAAUGUUAGAUUGCGAAAACAGACAAAUCGCGUUACAAGGCAUGCUCUCAAAUUGGAUAUGACAACAAGUGUUGAUUCUCCUUCAAUGGAAAAUGUAACAAGUAUUUAGAAAUAUGUGAAGUGGUAUCAUAUAUUACAUAUGUACGAGUUUUUAUUUUGCACACAUACGAGCCAUUGCACUGCACCACUUCUUUUUUUGUUAACUUGAACAGAAAAUAAUGAAAAGUUGGACCUCAACAAAGAUAAAAUUAUGUUUGCUCGCUC